AGACAGGAUGGACUCCAGUGUGAGAAUGGCUGUGACUUUGGAAGAAGCUCCGUGGCUAGGCUGGAUGUGGGUGAAAGCCCUGAUGAGAUUUGCUUUCAUGGUCGUCAACAACCUGGUGGCUAUUCCAUCCUACAUCUGCUAUGUGAUUAUACUGCAGCCCCUUCGAGUGCUGGACAGCAAGCGGUUCUGGCAUAUAGAAGGAAUCAUGUAUAAAUGGCUUUUAGGAAUGGUGGCCUCCUGGGGAUGGUAUGCUGGAUAUACAGUGAUGGAAUGGGGAGAAGAUAUUAAAGCAAUUGCAAAAGAUGAAGCAGUGAUGUUGGUAAACCAUCAGGCAACAGGAGAUGUAUGCACACUGAUGAUGUGCCUACAGGACAAGGGACUGGUUGUUGCUCAAAUGAUGUGGCUGAUGGAUCAUAUUUUUAAGUAUACAAACUUUGGAAUUGUUUCUCUAAUUCAUGGAGACUUCUUUAUAAGACAAGGAAAAUCUCAUCGUGACCAGCAACUGCUUCUUCUCAAGAAGCACCUAGAACAUAACUACAGGAACAGAAAUCGAAAAUGGAUUGUUUUGUUUCCCGAAGGGGGCUUCCUCAGGAAGAGGCGAGAAACGAGUCAGGCAUUUGCAAAGAAAAACAACUUGCCAUUUCUUACACACGUCACUUUGCCAAGGUUUGGGGCCACACAAAUUAUUCUGAAUGCACUGGUAGCACGACAGGAGAAUGGAAGUCCAGCAGGAGGAGAUGCGAAACAAUUAGAGAGCAAAUCAAAAGGCCUCCAGUGGAUAAUAGAUACAACCAUAGCUUAUCCCAAAGCUGAGCCUAUCGAUAUUCAAACCUGGAUCCUUGGGUACAGGAAACCAACAGUCACACAUGUACAUUACAGGAUCUUUCCAAUUAAAGAUGUACCUCUGGAGACAGAUGAUCUUGCCAAUUGGCUCUAUCAACGGUUUAUUGAAAAAGAGGACCUCUUAUCACAUUUUUAUGAAACAGGAGCCUUUCCACCUCUCAAGGGCCAUAAAGAAGCUGUUUCCAAGGAGAUGACCCUCAGCAACAUGUGGAUAUUUCUCAUACAGUCUUUUGCGUUUUUGUCAGGCUACAUGUGGUACAACAUCAUUCAGUAUUUUUACCAUUGCCUAUUUUAGAGAUUGACUUGGACUUGUCAAGGUCACCAUAGGAGUUCAGACUUUCAUAAGUGUGCAUUAUUUUACAUGUGCAAAUCAAAAUACUAUCAAAAAAGCAAAGGAAAUUCAAUGGAUGGAUUAAUGUUUAUCCCCCUUUGGGAUAUUUUAAAACUCCACUAAAAUGAAGAUCAGUAAUAUAAUGACCUGCUAAUAAUAUAUUUUAAGAACUUGCCAUGUUUUAAAGAGAUACACUCUACAAUAUAUUUAAGGAAACAUCCUAUUUGGAGAAGAAGAAAUCAUAAAAUCAUCCUAGAAGACAUCGAAAGAAACUGUUGCCACCAGAUACACUUGGUCAUGUAGUGCAGGCUCAGAAGUGGGCUCACCCCUCUUAGCUAGUAAUCUCCAUCAGAGCAGUGCUCCACAGCGCCCUCAUUUCACUACCCACACUGUGGUUCUAGUAGUCUGAGAAGAACAACUGGGCACCUCCUGAAGACUGGUGUCCUGGCCAUUUGUGGUAGCAGACUCCAGUCCUCGACACGGGACAGAAACCCAGUGUUGGCCUUCUUGAGGACGGGGCGGUGUCCACUGAACACCUGUGUUCCUUCAGAGGCCAGCUCAGUCCAGCACCAUGUUUACAUGCACUAGUGCUCUCCCUUCUGCUGUGGCUAUAUCACUGAAUUUCUCUUUCUGUUCAGAAGGCAUAUCACAGACUGAUAGUUGUAUUUUACAAAAUGCGUUUUUAUCAGAUGUAGACAUAGCAAAAGAGUCACGAAGCCCACAAACAAAGGGAAGCCUCGUCAUCAGUGAGCUGCUCCCAGGAGGCUCUCCUGUCCUCAUCUGUGCCCCAGAUGCGCUCCCGCACCACACUGUGUUGGUCACCUUCCUGACCCCAUGCCCUUUGUAGCGGGAAACUUUUUCACAUCUUGACAUACAUAGUAGCAGUAAAUGUAGUUGGGGAUAAUUGAAACAAAACCUUCAAAUGAUCAGCUUAAAGGAAAAUAGACUAGUUUAUUAGGAAUAUAAGAGCCUGAGCCAGACAUCCAUUAGCUUAGAGUGGUGACAAGGUCUUGUGAGCACCCCAGAACUGGUGCAGAGAGCAAUGUGUUUUGUUAUUACAACAAGCAGCUGGCCGCUCGGGGCGGUGUAACCAAGGGGAGACCGGCACAAAAGUCUUCUCAGUCUUUUCCAGUUGUACAAUCUGUACAAGAGGGUAAAGCCAAGGUUCUAUUAUUUCUAGAAAACUUUUUUUAAAAUUUGUCAUUGUGUUCAUGUGAUUUACCUCAUAGGAGAACCAAACUUCACUAAAAGUUCAGGCCCUACAUCAGUGUUUAGGUAGAGGAUUUUGUUUUUGUUUUUGGCUUAGGAUUGUAAAACUGUUAAGAUCGAAGAAUAAGUCAGUGGUAGUUUUCUGUGAUGUAAGCACUAUAGAUCCCCGUUACCAACUAAUCACAUAAAUAACAAUUCUGAGAAGUAGACUGUUGAACAAAAAUAAAAGCUAAUGUUCUCUGUUCUAAAUAAACCAAAAGAAAAAUCUGAAAAAAAUGUGAAUUUUCCCCCAGUUAUGUGGGAAAGCUAAAGCAACACCAAAUAAACUCUUCCAGCGGCUUCAUCUUUUAAGAUAACUCAGAGAAUACAUGAGAGAGAAUGAUUCAUUAACUGAAAAUACCUCAUUUAAUAUUAUACCACUACUGUCAAAAUGCAGAAUGUUUGGUUUGGGAACAGUUGUUAUUAAUUCAGUUUUGGGAAGUCAGCACAUCAUUAUGUAUUCUACAAUGAAUGAAUUUGUGAAAAGUCUCAUUUAGAGGUAUCAGUGAUGAUAGAAAGCCAAAGAGAAGCUGUACAAUGGGUUGUUUUUUUUUGAGACCAAACACUACUCAGUAUGAAUUGAAGUUGAUCAUUUGAGGCAUUAGCCAUCUGGGGGAGAAGUUACUCACUGUCAAGUAUAGCAUGUACAGUUCUAGCUAAUAGACUAUUUCCUCAUUGCAAAGGAGACGACAGGGUAGAGUGGUCAGUUGUCUAAUCCAAAAAAUAGUGCGUAUGUGCAUAAACAAAUGUGGCAUUGGGCCACCUUUGCCACUGCUGUGCUCCAAAGGAACAUGAUAUUGUUAAAUAUACUGUAUGCGUUAGACACACUCUCCUGUUAAGAUGCUUUACAUUUCAAAUGCAGUGUCAUUUUCACAGUCUCUAAAAUGAUCGAUAGAUUUGUGAGUUACCUUUUGAAAAUAGAUCCAUGAUUUGUAAAUAGAUGUGCAUUUGACUGUCCUGCCCCUCUUCAAUUCUUUCUGAAAAUAUUUGCAAAAUAUGUUUGAAAGCAUUGAUAGUGCUUUCCUUCUUAGUAACUGGAAUUCACCUGCUUGCACUAAGACAUGUAAAGAAAGAAUCAUGUUCAUUUAUGGCAAUCAGGGGCAGCAGCAAUAUGCCACUACACAGAAUUGAAUAAAAAUACCUAUCUGCGCUUUCUUUGUAAAGUGAAAUGAAAGGAGCUUAUGCUUUUGUUCUAAGUGUGUUGGGGGGAUGCCUAUGUCAGUUUUAUACCAGUGACUUAUUAGAAAUCUCAGCAUUGCAGGCUCAGUUGGACUUCCUAGAUUCCCACUACAGACAGGUCGAGAACUCCCUACCAGAAUCUAGUAUCAGCCAGUCAUAAUAGAGCAUCUGCUCAGCCACAGUAAGGUCCAGUGACUCCAAAAGUGACCAAGCCAGUAGCUCACUCUUAGCUUCAAAAUGAUUGGUGUUGAAAUAUAUGAUAGAGAAACGUAUACACAAUGAAGCUAAAGAAAAGUCAAGGUAGAAAAUGUUUGGGGUGGGCAAAAUUGCUGAGAAUAUACGAUAGCUGUGAAUUCAGAUCUGUCAUGUUAUUCAAUCUCUUAUGAUGUUACAACUAAUUCUUAAUUUUCCACAGUAAAGGAAUUAAGGAUUACUGCAUACUUAUUACUGGUUAGUUAAUCCAGUAGUAGUAAGUCAUAGGAAAGCCAAAAAAAAUUCUGUGUAGAAGUGUGAAUUUUCGCUCAUUUUUUCCUUGUAGGGAUGCUUACUAAUAUAAUUUUUUUCUGAUUUUUUCCAUUGGAUCAAUGAGAGAAUUGAUUGACUUCUUUUGCCUAUGUAUUUAUGAUUGUGUUAAUGAAUAAGUGAAAUGACAUGGAAAUACAGACUGCUAUCAGGAAGAGGAAGUACCAAAACCUGAGUAACCCCUGGGCUGGAAAAGGCAUCCCUGAAUAAUCAAGAGCUGGUUGGAGCUAAAAUUGUUUUGAAAACGAAAUCUUCAGUUCUCUAGCAUAAAACCUCAGAGCAUCAUUCUAGUGUUGAAAAUAUAACUUCAUUCUUGACUUUGGUUGAUCACUUCUUGUGGUUUUGUCUUAGUCAUGUUUUUUGACAAUCACUUCUGAAAAAACUCUUCUGAACUACUUGGUCCUGGUUAUAAUCUUAGAAAGUAGUCUUUGAUCAUAGUCUUGUUGUAUAUUCUUUUUUAUAUUUAAAAAAUGUUUUAUUUGCACUACUGAAUAGGAAGAGUGAACUGUUUCUGUUGUUCUUUUUUUGAGGUCACUACAAGGACUUCACUCCAGAGUUACCGUUAUGAGUGUAUUCAACUCUGGUCCACAGUGGAUGGGUAAUAAUGGUUUGUCAUGUGGUUUUGUUUUGUUUUGUUUUUCUUGUCCUGCAGUGCUAUGAGCCUAACAUCUGUUAUCAUGCAAGGCAAAGUCAAAAGGAGCACUGGGCAACAGGUGUACUAGUUCAUUUUAUGAGGAUUAGAGACUAAUGGGUUGGGGACCAAAACCACCUAAAUUGGAAAUUUCUGGAUCACUAAAGGGCCAAGUGUACUCUGGAGCAGUCAUUGUUCGGUGCUUAAUUAUAACUAUUUUGCACCAGGCCCCAACACUUAGGAAGUGGGCUGUGUGAGUAUGUGGAGGGUGCCGAACUGUUGGGGGAGGGUGACUGUAGCCAUAUGAAGAUAAAAUAUGGGAGUUUCUGCAAAAUUUCCAUCUGAGGAUUUUUACAUUUGAUAUUUUUUAAAACAAUUUAAAGAGCAAAAAGAUUUUAAGUGUAUUCUAGUUGCAUUUCAGAUGGCUUUAUUUUUAUUGUGUAAAACUGUUGAACACUUAACUGUGGUGCACAAAUUCUUUCCAUGUAAGGAAUCCAUGCAUUUUACAGUAACUUCCUUGAUGAUUGGGUAAUGAGACAGUUACACAUUCACCUGCCAUUUUUUUAUUAAGUGCUUUCAUUUUCUUUAUAGUUUAUUACGAAGUUCUAUUUAUUUUAUAUAGAUGGAUUUUCAUUUUCUGCUGUAAUGUUUACUUUGGCUUGUUGACCUUUCUUUGUGUACCUGCAUGACAUGACGUACUGUGUGAUGAGAGUGAAUGUAAAGGCUGUGGCAACUGUACCUGACUUCUGUAAAGGUCUGGUCACACAUGGAUCUGGCUACGAAUGCAUUUGGGAUAAAAAUUAGUAACCAGAUCACCUUUUCAGAAAUUUAGAUGUAAACACCAAAAGAAGCAUUUUCUCAGCAAAAAUUAAUAGCUGGUUCUAUUUUUUUUUAAACGUAGAGAAAAUAAAGUUGAUUUUUUUCAAGUA